GAAGAGAGAGAGCGAGCUGUUCUCUGCGAUUCUGACGUGCUGCCGGAUAAUCGAGUACGUGUUCUUUGCUCGCUGUUUGAUUUUGGCGACGAAAAGUUUUACGCCCCCCCCCCAACAAAAAAAUAAAAAAUAAAUUAAAAAUAAAUUAAAAAAAAUGGGAAUCAGAAAGAAGAAUAACAAGAACCCUCCAGUUUUCAGUCACGAGUUUAUAAUCCAAAACCAUGCCGAUAUAGUUUCAUGUGUUGCUAUGGUGUUCCUUCUCGGUCUUAUGUUUGAGAUUACAUCAAAAAUUGCAGUUCUGUUUAUAACUGUGCAGUACAAUGUCACAAUAACAGAAAAUGAGGGUUCAGAGGAAACGGCUGUGAAUUACUUCCACCAUGGCAUGAAGGAUGUGGCAACGGUUUUCUUCUAUAUGCUGGUGACCAUCAUCAUGCACGCAAUAAUCCAGGAGUAUGUCCUCGACAAAAUCAACAGGAAGAUGCACUUCUCCAAGACCAAACACAGCAAGUUCAAUGAGUCUGGCCAGCUGAGUGCCUUCUACCUCUUCUCAUGCCUGUGGGGAGGCAGCAUUCUGCACUCUGAAAAUAUCCUGUCCAAUCCAGUCAGUCUCUGGGAAGGCUAUCCUCACACUCUAAUGGCGUUCCAAAUGAAGUUUUACUACAUCUGUCAGCUCGGCUACUGGCUCCAUGCCGUUCCUGAACUCUACUUCCAGAAAGUCAAGAAGGAGGACAUCCCUCGUCAGCUGCUCUACAUCAGCCUGUACCUGGUUCACAUCGCCGGAGCUUACAUUCUAAAUCUGAACCGUCUGGGCCUGUUGUUACUUGUCCUGCAUUACUUUGUGGAGCUACUCUUUCAUUCAUCCCGCAUAAUUUAUUUCAGCAAUGAGGAGAGACAGGCAGGGUUCACGGUGUGGGCUGUCCUGUUCGUGCUGGCCCGGUUGUUGACUCUCUCUCUGUCCGUGCUCACCGUGGGCUUCGGCCUAGCGGGAGGGGAACAUCAGGGCCUGAGUCUGAGUGAGGGAAACUUCAACGUGCUGUUCAUCAGGGUCGCAGUCCUGGCUGCCAUCUGCAUCACUCAGGCUUUCAUGAUGUGGAAGUUCAUCAACUUCCAGCUGCGUAGAUGGAGAGAGCACGCCCAGACGCAGGUCUCAAAGAAGAAGUCCUCCUCAGUGAAGGGCAAGUCCAGGAAAGCCAAUGGUGUGAAUGGGUCUGUGAGUGCCAGUGCAGCGGACUCUCCCAGGGCCAGGAAGGACAAGUCGUCCUAAAUGCAGAAUUCAGCCGCUGCCUUGUUGUUUCUGCGCCCCCCGCCCCCUCUGCCUAGCACUCUGCCCCCCAACCCCCUCCUCUCUACAGCACUCUGUCUACUCCACCCAGCCCUCUGCUCCUCCUCCGCCAACUCCACCCCAUGGCCCGAUUCCCCCCUGCGCCACGCGUGCUCUACGUUUCUCCUCUCCAGCAGACCUGAUUCGUACCCGAUUUUGAAAUAGUCAGCUAAUUGGCCAGCCCUUUCAGAGACGAGGCAGGUGAAUGGUAGCAGGGAGGAGGUGGAAGUUACAGCCAGUGUGUGACUCUUCCUGCCUGCAUGUCAGUAGGGCAGUUACUCUACAAGAAACUGCCUUUUCUCGAGCUAGGGGUUGAGUAAUGUACUGCACAAGUACAUUCAUUUAUUAUCUAAUGCAUAGGUAUCAAAGACAUCAUGAUGUGCCUUUUUGAUUGGUUGGCUUGUUUUUAUUGUGCUUUUUUUCCCCCUCCUCUGAGUCUGAAAGGGUCCAUGCACUGUUUUAUGGGCUUGAAGCAUUCCAGGGUUCCCAACAUGCAAACUGUCAGUGAGCUGUGCCAACACAAAGGGCAAAUGAAACCUUUAGUGCCUAUCUAUACCAAAUUUUUACAAAACAGGAAGUAUAAAAAGGAACAGCUCAUGCUGUGUGACACAAAUCCAGGUGGUUUAUCAAGAUUUCGUAUGUGUGUGCGUUAGCACAUGUCAUUUCAGUGCUCUACAUUUGGUACUUUGUACUUUGCUAAAGUUGUGUCUUUAUCAUAACGUGCUGUGCUAGGUGUAUAGCCCACUAGAAAACGGUCCCCUUCUCAGAAGAUGCCAUUCUUUUCAGGGCAUCUUUAUUUUGAUGCCUUCAGCGGUCAUUUGAACUGCAGCGCUCAAAUGGUCUAGCCGAGUAAUUUAGUCCUAUAAGAGGAUAAAGGAAAUGCGUCUCCACCUUCAUGGGAUAAUAGGUUGUGACACUCUUAGGUUAUAUAUGGUACAUAACCCUAGCUCAUACAUUUCUUAAGAAUUUAUUUUUGUUCUAAGAAAAACAAUAAACUGAAAUGCAAUCCAAAUUUAAAAAGUA